AUGUGCUGCAUGAUGGUCUUGCUCUUCACUGCCGCUCUGGUCUUACUUCUAAGCGCCGGGGGCAUCUGGGUAUACAAGAGUGAACCUGAAGAGGGUCAGAGCGACCCCUGGUAUCCAUCACCAAGAGGAGGCACCGUUGCUGCAUGGGAAAAGGCGUACAAGAAGGCUGCUGCUCUGGUCAGCCAGAUGUCUGUCGUUGAGAAGGUCAACAUCACCACCGGCACUGGCUGGGAGAUGGGCAUGUGCGUCGGAAACACCGGACCUGUCGAGCGAUUGGGCUUCCCAUCUCUCUGCUUGCAGGACGGGCCUCUUGGUCUGAGGUUCGCCGACAACAUCACCGCCUUCCCUGCCGGCAUCACUCUUGGCUCCACAUGGAACAAGGACUUGAUCUACCUCAAGGGUCGCGCACAUGGUCGUGAGGCUCGUGCUAAGGGUGUACACAUCGUCCUUGGUCCAAGCAUGGGCCCAUUCGGCCGUCUGCCUGCCGGUGGUAGAAACUGGGAAGGCUUUGGCUCGGAUCCUGUUCUACAAGGUCUUGCCGCUGCUUCCAUGAUCCGUGGAAUCCAAGAGGAGGGCAUCAUUGCGACUGCCAAACACUACAUUGCCAAUGAGCAGGAACACUUCCGCCAGAGCUGGGAAUGGGGCACUCCCAACGCCAUCAGCAGUAACCUCGAUGACAGAACUCUGCACGAAAUCUACGCCUGGCCAUUUGCCGAAAGUGUCAAGGCUGGUGUCGGUAGUGUCAUGUGCUCUUACAACCAGGUCAACAACUCUUACGCCUGUCAAAACAGCAAGCUGCUCAAUGGUAUCCUCAAAGAUGAGAUGGGCUUCCAGGGCUUCGUACAGAGCGACUGGCUCGCUCAGAGAAGUGGUGUUGCUUCUGCUCUUGCUGGUCUUGACAUGAGUAUGCCUGGUGAUGGUCUCCGCUGGACGGAUGGCCAAUCUGUCUGGGGAGGUGAAUUGACCAAGGCUGUCUUCAAUGGCAGUGUUCCUAUGGAGCGUCUCAACGACAUGGUCCUGCGUGUUGUCGCUGCUUGGUGCCAAUUUGGCCAAGAUGACAAGUCCAAGUGGCCUGCCGAGAAGGACGGCGGUGGCCCAAACUUCUCCUCCUGGACCAAUGACAAGAUUGGCUUGCUGCACCCCGGAAGCAACGACACCACCACGGGAGUUGUCAACAAGUUCGUCAAUGUUCAAGGCGAAGGCGAGGAUGCUCACGGCAAGCUUGCUCGUCAAAUCGCUGCUGAGGGUACUGUUCUGUUGAAGAACGAUGAUCAUGUUCUUCCCAUCAACCGUGAUGGCAAGAAGAUGACCAAGAACGGCGACAAGCUUCGCGUAGCCAUCUUUGGUGAAGACGCCUUCAACAAUGGCAAUGGACCCAACGCCUGUGCAGACCGUGCUUGCAACCAAGGCACUCUUGCUCAGGGAUGGGGAUCUGGCACUGUGGAAUUCCCUUACCUCGUCUCUCCUGCAGAGGGCAUUCAUCUUGGUUUCGACAAGGAGAGUGUCACGCUCUCCGACUACCCGUCAAACUCCCAAGACCUUGACAAGCACUCAUCGCGUGCAGCUGAUCAAGACUUGUGCUUCGUGUUCAUCAACUCUGAUGGUGGAGAGGGCUAUGUCGCCUGGGGAGCUGUCAAGGGCGAUCGUAAUGACCUCUACGCUCAGAAGGGCGGUGAUGACUUGGUCAAGAAGGUUGCAGCCAAAUGCGGUGGUCCAACCAUAGUCGUGGUCCACUCCGUUGGUCCUGUCAUCUUGGAGAAAUGGAUCGAUCUGCCCGGUGUCAAGGCUGUGCUCUACGCCAAUCUGCCUGGUCAAGAAAGCGGAACUGCGUUGGCUUCAAUCAUCUUCGGCGAUGUGAAUCCCUCAGGCCGUCUACCAUACACUAUCGCUAAGCGCGAAGAUGACUAUGGUCCGACGAGCAAGAUCCUGUACCAUCCCAACGCCGUUAUCCCGCAGCAAAACUUCUCAGAGGGGCUCUACCUCGACUACCGCUACUUUGACAAGCACGACAUUGAGCCACGCUUCGAGUUCGGCUUUGGACUCUCAUACACUACAUUCCAUCUCAGCAGCUUGUUCAUCCACCCAAUGGCCACUGAAUUCUCUUCUUUACCUGCAAAGCGACCUGCUGCGCUUACUCCUCCCCGCAUGGACGUCUCAAUUCCCGAUCCUCGCGAGGCGCUUUGGCCUGCCAAUUUCAUCGCUCUGAAGAAAUACAUCUACCCCUACAUCAACUCCAUCGACGAUAUCAAGACGGGCAAAUACCCUUACCCGAAAGGCUACGAGAUCGCACAACCACCAUCCCCCGCCGGCGGGGCAGAAGGCGGAAAUCCUGACCUCUACACCCCCAUCGCCGUCGUCCAAGCCUCCCUCACAAACACAGGCUCCCUUGCUGGCGACUGUGUAGUCCAACUCUACAUCUCCUAUCCAAGCACCCCUAUCAUCGAUUCCCUUGGCAACACUGUCGAUUUCCCCGUCCGUGUCCUCCGAGCCUUUGACAAGCUUUUCGUCACUACGGAAAAGCGAGUCGAGGUUAGUAUGGAGUUGACGAGAAAGGAUCUCAGUUAUUGGGAUGUGGGGAUUCAGAAUUGGGUCUUGCCGAUGGGAGAGUUUGAGGUGCAAUUGGGCUUUAGCUCGAGGGAUAUUCAACAAAAGGGAAAGAUUAGCACAGAGGCUUUGCUUGCUUGA